AUGACAUACGGAACAACACUCCGUUUACCGUCUGAUUUCAUCAUCCCGACGGCUAAGUUAAGUCAUGAGGAAAAUGACUACAUUCGUCGGCUUAUGGACACCAUGGCAUCGCUCAAGUCUACAUCUUGCUCUAACAGUACUGGACGAGAGCCGUUCGUGCACAAAGACCUGGCAACGUGCACACAUGUUUUCGUGCGAAACGAUCAAGUUGUUCCUCCGCUGACUCCGCCCUACGACGGCCCUUACGAAGUUAUCAAGCGUUACGACAAAUACUUUAAGAUCAAGUUACCGCUUCGUUCAGCUGUGAUAUCGCUAGACAGGCUUAAGCCAGCCUACAUCUGCACUGAAACGAUCGAGGAGACAGCCGACCUUAGUUUUCGACAGUCUAACCAGCCCUACGUCACCAGAUCCGGGAGAGUGGUAAAACCAAAUGUACGCUUCGCUUGA